AUGGGUUGUUUACAACAAUAUCAAGCGGGAAUCGUGGAGCAAGCCAGUUUGGUGGGAUUACAAAGGAAUUGUCUAUUUGAAAUCUUACCACCCAACCGAACGAUCAAUUCUGAUGUCUACAUUGAACAACUAACGAAAUUAAACAAUGCUGUUGAAGAAAAGCGGCCCGAAUUGACAAAUCGAAAAGGUGUGUUUUUUGCUAAUAAAAACCAGAAGUUUUAUGAACGUGGGAUUAUGAUGCUGCCUGAAAGAUGGCAAAAGGUCAUUGAUAAAAAUGGGCAAUACAUUACAGAAUAA